AUGACACAAAGAGUGGAAGCACAAGGAGGAACUGGAGGAGGUGGUUGGGACGAUGGCAUCAACACUGGUUUAAGGAAAGUGAAUGUGGGAUAUGAUGGAUCUUGUGUGAGUUAUGUCAGGUUCGAAUAUUUCAAUGAUGGCAUGGUGAGGUCACAUGCGCAUGGCGUCCAGAAUAACGAACCGCAAGAGUUUGUCAUCGACUAUCCAAAUGAAUACAUCACCUCCGUGGAAGGAACUUACGCGUAUGUAAGUUACGUUCAUGGCUUCGUUAUCAACUCGCUUAUCUUCAAAACAUCAACGGGAAGAACAUCUGUGAGAUUCGGGAACCAGGGAUUCGUGCUGGAGAAUAAUGGUCGGAAGCUUGUGGGGUUCCAUGGGAGGGCCGGCUUGGCUCUAGAUGCCAUUGGGGCUUAUUUUGCCCCUGACUCGUCAGUAUGGGUUCCGCCCAAGAGACUUGAGGCACAAGGUGGUCCAGGAGGAAACAUAUGGGACGAUGGAGUUUUCGAUGAUGUAAAAAAAGUUUAUGUAGGAAGAGAUGCGGCUUGUGUAACUUACGUCAAGUUCGACUAUGUAAGAGACGGCCGAAUCGAAGAAAUUCGUGAGCAUGGCAAGGUAGUCCAAAUUCCACAAGAGUUCUUGCUUGAUUAUCCAAACGAAUAUAUAACAUCAGUCGAAGGAACAUAUGGUAAAGUGAUCAAUACCAACAAUAACAUCCUCACGAGUCUUGCAUUCACAACAUCAGAAGGAAGGACUUCUCCAACAUUUGGUGCUACAAAGUUUGUGCUCGAAGACAAUGGUCGUCAGAUCGUUGGGUUCCAUGGACGGUCUGGAACCGUUAUUGAUGCCAUUGGAGCAUAUUUUGCUCCCCCACCAUCACCUUGUUGA